AUGCCCGAAGCCUGUAAUAAAAGCAUGCACGAUUCUUGUCCUCCUCGAGUCCCGCUACGUGACUCAGGUCGUGGUCGAGUUGUUGGGCAUAUGCCGGUGGUUGGCUUCGGAACGGCGCAUAUGUCCGAAGAACACAUCCUGCAAGCCUUAAAAAUGGGCGUCCGACAUCUCGACUGUGCUAGACUGUAUGGGAAUGAGCACUUGGUGGGAAACGCUUUGAGGGAAUUCUGUUCUCAAAGUACGAGCAGUAGUAUUAUAGGAGAACGCCAUGAUCCCUCGAUUCUGACGACCAAGGAACGUGAAAAAGGAUCAGCUAUCGAAGAUCGGUCUUCGUUCUUUAUCACGAGCAAAAUAUGGUGCGAAGACCAUAGGCCAGAGAGGGUCCGGAUGUUAUGGAAGUGGGUGUGAUGUUGAAGUCUCAUUUGACUUGUCCCGCAGAUUGUUUCCGAUCUUUGUUGAUAUAGCUACCUUGGUAGGUACAACUACUUAGCGUGUUUAUUAGCAUCAUCUUCAAGCACUCUUCGACGUAUAUCUGCUACUCCGUUCUUGAUAUUCUCACACUGCUCAUCAGUACCUUUCUUUCGCACACUUUUACUAGUCAUCUUUCAUACUCUUCAGUCGAAGCUACCUUGAGAGAUUUGGGUGUGGAGUACCUGGACCUGCUGCUUAUCCAUUGGCCUCGUGCGUUUAUACCGGGAAAGCCUUUGGUGGAGGAUGUGGGUACACCACUAGCUGUCACGUGGGAAGCGAUGGAGGAGUUAGAUAGGACAUCAUACUUACGUAUACAUAGAAAAUUUUCUAUCACCUGGGAAGCGAUUGAGGAAUUAGAUAGGGGAGGCGUAUACGAGAUGAUGUUUAACUAGUUCUGCUAUGUAAGUACCUAAAGCUAAAAUUGGAGAGGUCAUCUGUUACUGAAAUUCUUAGACAGUUUCCGCUAUGUACCUAGAGUAGAAGAGGUCAUCGUCUGUCAUUAAUAAAUUGGAUGCUUUUAUUCAUAUUGGCCAUGAGCAGUAAUCCACACGUAGGAGGCAAGGGGCACGCCGAGCAGGACUCACAAGUUUGUAUCAGAUAUAUUUUGAGUACUGCCGAUGGACUGUGCAACCUACCUCUAACCACCUGAAAGAACAGAAAAUUCGUGCGCUUGGCGUGAGCAAUUUUGACCGUGGCCAAUUGGAAUCCCUGCUUUCCUCUUCUUGUCGAGUCUGCAAUUAAGACUUUCUAUUCAGUCUAUACAUCACGUCAGCCUAAGUAGGAAAAAACCAGUCUCUAAUGAUGGCCGGUUGUGAAUCAAAUCGAAUUGCAUCCAGGGUUUCAGCAGGAAGAGUACGUGACCUUCCUCCAAAACGAGUUAGACAUACUUCCGGUAGCCUGGGGCCCUUUGAAUUUCGGCAAGGGAACUAUCGGGAACGAUCCGACCCUACAGAAACUUGCGAAGAAGGAUGCACGAGUAGGCGGAUCUUUGAAGGUGGUGACGACGGCUCCUUCUGUUGCAGGCAAACAAGAAGCUUUGAUGACCACGGCUCAUUCUGUGGCACUGUGUUGGAAUCUCCAACGAGGGGUGGCCGUAAUACCAUCAAGCACGAACGCGAAGCACGUAGGGGCCAAUUUUUAUGCAAGGAUGGAAACGCCUCAAGCCAACUUCUUCCCUAGGCUAUCUAUAAUCCUCUAGGCUAGCUCCUCUAGUCGCUUGUUAUAUUUAUAAUUUCUAGCCAACUUCUUACCUAAUAUACUAGAAGAAUGUUAGGCACAUACUCGUCGUAGGUAGUACCUUUUUCUAAUAGCCAGCUUGUGCGACUGCAUGGUGCGACCAAAGGGAUGCUAGGACUAAACACGAAGACGAGAGGCAAGACGCGAAGAGUGCCUGUGCUCUACCUCUUUCCGCGAGUCAGAUGGCGGAAAUCGCAGUUAGGUGUGAGACCGGUCGCCGACGUUUUCCUGAUAUUAUAGGAAUUUGGCCAGAGACAGCAGGGAUCCUUAGUCGUGGAUCUGGAUUAGUAAGGCUGAUGCAUGUAGUCCUUAUAGUACCAUGAUCCUUGGUUCUUCUUUUUCUACUCGAAAAUGAAGCACCCAACAAGGAUAUGAUGACUUUCGGGUCAGCUGCAAACUCAGCUGCGCCCAUUGGGUUUCUCUAAGAUUAGCAUUGGAUGGCUGGCUUCGAUGGCUCAUCUAUCCUCUCAUUUCACCUUUUGUGGGACCGCUCUAUCUUCCAGAUUUACGAAGGAGGCUGUUGGUGGAGAGGAGAAGGGCUUCUAGCGGAAGUUCUAGGGACAGUUGUGAAGGGGACAGUUGUAAAGAAAAGUGAGCAGGAGCGCUACAGGAGGGAAGACAUCAGAGGAGAUCUAUCUUUUUCGUGGAAGAAGAUGUAUGACGAUGAGAUGGACCUUCUCUAUGGGAGCCCUUCCUCUUACUAAAUAUCAAGGUUUUUACUACGCUGAAGUGAUGUGAGAGCACAUCAAAGGAUUAUUUUCUGCGAUGAAGUAGAAUAUAACUAGGAG